AUGGAGAUAUGGAUUUAUAUUAGAGCGACGGGCCCUGGUUUGCAUCCUCCUCGUGAGAGGGAAGGCGACAAUGAGGCGAUGAAGGCGGCGCGACGCAGAACUGACCGACAGGCUGCUGUAUUUUAUAUGCUAUGUAACGCUGGUGUGGUACGACAAUACAAUGAGUUGUCCCAGGAGAGGAAGUGGAAGUUGAGCGGAGAGGAGUGGGUAUUUGGUCCUUCUUCGAGCAGCAACACUCGCUUGGAGAGCUGUGAAUUCGAGUGUGCUGAGUUCAGUAGAGUUGAUCGCCAUAGAAUGGUCCUGGUUGAUACAGCUACGAAGAAUCUUCUG